UUUGAAAGAAGAAAAAAAAAAGAGCCACGUGAUUCACCGCGACAUAUGCGUGCCCAACGGCAGCGCGAAGGCGGCUUUCGAGCGGGAUUCAAAACCCCAACGUCUGAACCCGAUUGAAACGGUCAGUUGGAAUCGAUGCUACCAUAUCUUCGAAACAGCGUCGCGUCGCUGCUACAAGGCGCCUCUGCCGAGCCUUUCGGAGAAGACGUCAAGGUAGAGCCAGUGAAGUGGGCCGAGGCGCAGCAGGAUCCAGGUACCGGCGUAGAGCAGCCGCCACAGACGCCGCUCUGCGACGAAUCAGCUGAUGACUACGAGGAUGGCGAACUAACCGACACUGCCUCGGUGACGGGCGAAACCAGAGAGACGGCGGCGCGCUCUUCAAAAACGGUCCCCAGCGCGUCCUGGGCCGCGAAGCGUGUCAGGCGACUCCUGGCGGUGCAGAACGCCUUCGGAGCACGAUUCGGAGCGGCCAAGGCGCCCUCCGUACCGGCAUUCGCGGAUGCACAGACGCAAACGCUGCCCGAUGACAGCACAGAGGAGGUGCACUGCCGCCGAUGCCGAGGUGUCUACAGGCGGCAGAGGGCGCGAAACGACGAACUUUCACCGCUGGAGGACGCAAAACCGUGGCCCCCAACUCCCAGCCUCGCCGCAGUAGCGACCCACAAAACCGGCGGUGGCGACGCCCCAGCGGACCCUGGCGACUGCCCCGAGAAGCCCGUGACCGGGCACUGGUGCAACCGCGUGGUCGAGCCCGCGCUGGUCCUGGCGUCCGAGCUCCUCCAGUACCCGUGGGGCGCCGACGCGCUCUUCCUGGUCGGCAUCGUCCUCCUCGCCUCGCUUCUGGUCAUCCUCUACUACGUGGUCGCCGUCGUGCUGCCCAUCAUGGUCCUCGCCGUGCUCCUGGCCAUGGUCAACUCGGCCCUCUUCGAGAGCAGCCGCUUCGUCCACAUCCUGCAGCGGCUGGGGCUCACGUGACGCACCGCGUACCGCGUAUACACAUCCGACACGAGGCCCCCCUUUUGUCAAAGUGCCUUCGUGUUUAUCAUGCCCUGUCUGAUUCUAUUGCCGUAAUUUAACACCCACGAAAACGCAGAACACCUAGCUGCACUUCUGCGGUGUUGAGUCGCCGAGGAAUUUUCGCUCCUCGGGUACGAACACGUCCACGGUCAACUUUCCGUGUCCCAGAGUGUUGUCGCAGAGCGUUAUCCGUGGCUCUUGUCAAAUUCCGCAAUUUUGUAGCUUUGAGCCAAUCGAAGCUCUGUGCAGAGCCAAUCAGAGCCGCCUUGUGAGCUAUAAUCAGAGUUGACAAGAGGGGGACAACAUGGUGGGAUUCGACGGCGCCAAGCGUCGCACCCAUGGAAAAACAGUGUCUCACAGGGGACCUUUUGGCUCAAAACGCCAACAUGGCAUAAUUCGUGAGUGUCCAUAGAUAGAACCACAAGUGCCUAUUGAAAAUCGUAGAUCGAGCGCAGAUGUCUCCUGAUCUGGUUGUUAAAGACGCUCUAGCCAAACCUUCCGUUCGCACGCUUGUACCAGAGAUACGGAUCGCGUUGUUGAAUCUUGGCUCUUUGACCUGUCGUUUACCGAGGACACCCUAAUCUACAAGCGAUGUCUUCGUGUCUACUACACAUGUACGAAUAUCGUUGCCGUCUGUUCACCUCGCACGGUUGGAUGUCACAAUUCAGACGCUGUGUCUGCAUGGUCUGAAUGUCUAUAUACCAGAGACGUGGCCCGAGCUUGUUUUUUUUUUUUUUUUUUGACGCCACUGUUUAAGCUGAAUUGGCGUUGUUUUCUGUUGACGUCGUCAAUUACGAUGGCACGAUUGUUAAACUGGCGUGCAGUAAAAUAGGUGUCCUCUGGUGAGGCUCUUGCUUUAUGCUAUGUUUUAUACAACGAUCUAGAGACGUAAGUACCUGCUGAAAGUGCCUGCUAAAUGUGGAAGGUUAGAAACAAAACGCCAGUCUACGCUGCAGCCCCCUUGAAGAUGACCUCUAGCCAGUCACCAAUUCAAAGGGCAGCAAAGCACAUUUCGCAAAAGUUAAUCGUGUUCUGUAAUGCGCAAAAGUUGGUGCCGCACAUGGCACUGCAUGCUAUACAAGAAGGCAGUGCGACCGAACACAUUGCAAUACUUAGGUAUCUUCACUUAAGCGUCGACAAUGGCGUCGGCCUACGCUACUUUGUCUUUCAAUACAACGAGUCCCAUAUGCGCCCUUAUUGAGAGUGGUGUUGCACUGCUGCAGAUUUGGCCGCUACGGUUGUCCUGCGCAUUCAUUCAUUUGCUUUAGUUAUUCUUUUUCCUGCGUGUAUGUUGUUUUAAUAUUGUUCUGCGAUCACCUUCGUACUUUGAAGAGAAGCCUCUUUUUUGUUGUUGUUGUUGUUUUCUUUCCGCCAAAUGACGCUUUGCCUCGAUUUUCCUGCGUACUGGUGCCAAGUGGAAUCUCGGCGCACGCGCCUGUGUUCUGUGUCUUCUUUCUGUCUUGUAUAUGACCUCUGUCGGAAAACAGUGUUCAGACAACUUUCAGGCUGACGUCAGGUAUGUUGCCACGUCGGUCCGAAGUCGUUAAGUCAUUUUCUACCAGGGUCCCAAUUUUCCGUUGGUAUGUAUAAAUGGUGCGUCUUUGUGUUAGUCCAUCGUGGCUGUGUGUGUGACAACUAUAAGUGCAAUUACGAAGAAUUCUGUUUAGCGAACCCUUGGUCAUCUUUUCGAAUCUCUACAGGCGUUCUGCUGCCAUCGUCGUGUUGUAUUAUCAGGAAGGCAUACGACGCACUGUGACCACCCGAAAAAUAAAGUGGGAUGCACCUCUCAAAUGCAAUCCUUAACUGUUCUGCCUUGCGUGACGCUGUACUUGUACGAACUCUUUGCGGAAGUGAAAGUUCAACAAAAAAAAAGAAACAGAAAUAAACCUGAAAAUUUG